AAUUUUUAAUUUUUUAAUUUUUUACUUAAAUAAUAUUUUAAAAUGAUACAAUAACAUAAAUUAAUAAGACAUUCCAUUAUUUAAUAAUUUUACAUAAAAAUAUAUACUAUAACUAAAAAAUAAUAAUAACAUAAAAUAAAGAUAACAUAAAAGGAUCUACAAUUGUGUUUUGCUAUUGUGAAAAGACAUGUUUGGUUUUGGAAAAAAUGUGUUACAUGACGUGACUACAUGUAUAAUUUUACAUAACAUGAUAAUUGAGGAUGAGUGUGAAUACAAUGCACCAACUGAACUUGGAAGAAAAGCUCCACCUCCAGAUACCGAAAUUGUAGAAGAUAAAAAUGUCCGAUUUCGAAAAAAAUUAUUCAAUUUAGAAAUAUCAAAGAUACAUAAGCUUAUGUUUCAUCACGAAAAUGCAUUAGUUGAUCAUUUAUGAGAAAAAUAUUCUAAUGUCAUUAUUAAAUCAACUUAUAUAUAGUCUUUUAUUUUAUUUUAUGAUUUCUUGUACUUUUAAUAAUAAACUUUUAAUUUAAAUAAAUUAUAUUUAAAGAAUUUUUGUAAACAUAAAAUAGUUGGAGUUAAUUAGUAAAUUUUUAUAAGUAUAAGAUAUUAUUACAAUUAUUAAUAAAAUAUAUUAUUUUUAGAGUAGAAAAUAGAGUAAUACAUCGGGGGUAAAAUCUUACUCCAUUUUGGUGUUGUACUAUUUUGGAGUAAAAUAUGGAGUAAUACAUUGGAGAUGCUCUUGCUAUUAGGUCAAAAAAAAAAAACAGAGAUUUACUGAACUGAGUAAAUAGGAGAGGAGGAGACAGUCAGGAGUGGUGUGUUUCGUCGUCUCUUAUAGAUUUCGGCUGAAACUGUGUUUACACGGCGGUUCUAGUUUCUCAUUUCUUCUUUCUUUUAAGCUCCAAAAAAAAAAAAAAAUUUCAUUUCGCUGUAGUUACAAACUGGCGAAGUGACCCACUUGCUUCAGAGGUUCUCUUUAUUUUUCUUUUCUCCCACAAAUUAAACAAUGGUGUUUGGUGGUUGGAGAAGAGUAAACACUCUGUAAAACGUCAAGUCAUCUCUGAAACUGAAAACAAAAACAUUAGUGGUUUGAUUCUUCUUCUUCUUCUUGUUGGUUGUUCUCACUAAGUACAUCUUAAGAAAGAGAUGUUGUCUUUGUGAUGUCACUUUCUGUCGGCAUUGUAUGUGUUCCGACACAACACUUGAAUUUUUCUUCUUCCCUUUACCUUCGAGUUCUAGAAGAUUUGAUGUUUAAAAGCUCCUCUACUUCUUCUUGAAUUCUACUUUUGUGAAAUUUAUUCGCCAAUGAAGUAGAGAUCUUUCUUUAAAACUGGAGAUCUGUCAAAAGAUUUUUAAUGAAAUAUUUUUUUUCUCUCUCUCUCUCCCUCUCUCUCUCUUUAAUAUAUAUUUUUUUACUGCAUGUGUGAGUGAUUCUUUCAAAAAUCAAAACAAUCGCAUUCAGCUUUACAAGUUGUCACCGCUUUUUGUUUUGUCUUGUCUUCUUCUUAUUCUUUAUUUUACCGACAUUCUCGUGUUUUUCUACAGAGUCAUCGCAUGGUAGUAAGCAGCUUUUGAGCAUCGAAGAGAGGCUAUUUCGUUUACAAAUGUCAUCAACUCCUGCAGCAGCCAUUGGAGGUGCUGUUGGAGCUCUUGCAUUGAUUGCUCUUUUGUUUCUUGUCCUAUGGUUUUGCAUCUUUCGUCACAAGAAUGCGUCUGAGACAACAGGCUCUUCUGAUCCAUCUUCUCAAGGAAGAAAUGUUGCAAUGGAGUUGUCAAUGAGAGAAUCAAGAAGGUUUGAAAUGGAGGAACUUGCUCAAGCCACCAAGAGUUUCACCCAUAAAAGCCUCAUUGGUGUAGGCAAAUUCGGCGAGGUUUACAAAGGUCUGCUUCAAGACGGUGUUCUCGUGGCCAUCAAGAGAAGAACCGGUUUGCCUACACAAGAAUUCGUCAACGAGGUUCGUUAUCUAUCAGCUAUCAAGCAUCGUAAUCUUGUUACUCUUUUGGGUUAUUGCCAAGAAAGCAAUAUGCAGUUUCUUGUCUAUGAGUACGUUCCUAAUGGAAGUGUUUCCAAUCACCUGUACGGUGCUGGUGGAAGUAGGCUAGAGUUCAGAAAUAGGCUUGCCAUAUCUAUAGGAGCAGCUAAAGGAUUGGCACAUCUUCACUCACUGAGUCCUCGGUUGAUACAUAAGGACUUCAAAACUGCAAAUGUUCUUGUGGAUGAAAACUUCAUUGCUAAAGUUGCGGAUGCAGGAGUCCGUAACUUCUUAGGAAGAGAGGAUGCUGGUAUAUCGUCUCACGUUGUUGCUGACCACAUCUUCCUCUCUCCAGAGGUUCAAGAGUUCAGAAGCUUUUCAGAGAAAAGUGAUGUCUAUGCUUUUGGGGUAUUCCUCUUGGAAUUAGUAAGUGGAAGAGAAGCAUCAGAACCAUCCCCUUCAAGCUCAACACAAACUCUAGUCGAAUGGAUGCAAAACAUAACGGAUUACACUGAGAUACCCGCAAUGAUCGAUGAGAGACUAGGUGGUACAUACACAGCAGAAGGAGUGGAGGAGGUUAUUACACUGACACUGAUAUGUCUUGAUGUAUCAAGUGAGAAGAGACCAACAAUGAGUUACGUUGUGACGGAGCUUGAGAGAAUAUUGGACAAAGAAGUGAGCUUAACAACAGUAAUGGGUGAAGGUACUCCAACUGUUACUCUUGGUAGUCAGCUUUUUAAAGCAUCAAAGUGAUUACAAAGGAACCAGCUUUACAUAAAUAGACAUAUAUUUAUAUAUAAGUUCUCUGAGACAAAACUAAACAGAGAACUUAAGAGGAGGAGGAAGAAGAAGACUGAUCAGCUGCUUUGUGUUAAUUGUAUAAAGAACAGCUGAGCUAUUUAUUAUUCGUUCUUUUUAAUUGUUACUUCCUUUUGAUGGUUUAUUUCAGCUUUUUUUUUUUUUUGAAAAUGAGUGCAGAAAAUUGAACAUUGUAAAAACAUUAUUUAUUGAUAUAAAGGAAGCAAAGAGUGGA